AAGAUCGAAAGACUACAAGCUUUCAUUUUCUUUCAAAUUCACAUUCAAUGCAAGCUGUACACCAUUGGAAAUAUUAAGUAGCUGACUGUACCCAAUAACAUAUAAACAAAGAACAAAUUACAGUUGUAUUUGCUGGCAACAUCAACAGUUGUAGGUUGCAGUGGGCGGUGAUUAAAUUUGGUUGGGUGUAUGUUAAAUGCUGGAAAAAUAUUUUGGGUCCUCCAAAUAUUGAAUAAAAUAUACGAGGUUUUGGGUAUCUUUGUUGAGUGGAGAAUCUUGGUGGGCUGCCGGUUGAGGUCUUUGAUCAGAGACUUGGGUGCAUGUCUAAAGAAUUUUUUGCAAUUUGGUGCUGAGAUCUGAUAGAGCUUGGCGGAGUUUUGUGAGCGAGAGAGAGGGGAUUUUUUGUUUUAGGAAGCUGAAAGGUGUUAAGUCAAAACAGAUCUGUCAUUUUCAAUUUGUUAUCUGGCUGUAUUUUUGAGCUUGAUAGCAGGAUUGACUGUGUUUCUGAGCUUGAUAGCAGGAUUGACUGUGUUUCUGAGAUUGAUAGCAGGAUUCAGUGAUACCCAUUAUAACGAGUGACAAUCAUUGAUCGUGCUAUAAGCAUCUGGACUGGUUAGAGAUUUUGAGGUUGGGGUUGAUGUAUUGGUCAUAAGCUGAAAUGCAAGUGUGAUAUGAACAGAUCUGAGGGUGAUUUGGUCAUUUAAACAAUAGUUGCAAUUCAUUUUGGGAUUUGAUAUCUUAUUUAUGUUCCUUGUGUAACCUAGUUGCAGCUCUGGUAUAAGAGUUUGACAGCGUCUAUUCAGCAUUGGAUUGAGUGGGGGGAUUGAUAUAUAUAUUACCUGUAGCGAAAGCAGAGAUCUUGGAUUGUUGUUUCUGAGGGUACCCGAAAAUGCAUAUGCAUGCAAAAUCAGACUCUGAGGUGACCAGCUUGGCACCUUCAUCUCCUACCAGAUCACCUAGGAGACCAGUUUACUAUGUGCAGAGCCCUUCAAGGGAUUCUCACGAUGGGGAGAAGAUGUCCUUUCAGUCUACUCCCAUACUCAGCCCCAUGGGGUCACCCCCACAUUCAAGUUCAUCACUUGGAAGGCAUUCCAGGGAGUCAUCAACAAGCAGGUUUUCUGGGUCAUUGAAGCCUGGCUCUAGGAAGGUACAGCCUCAUGAUGGCCGCCAUGGGAAAGGAAAGGGAUGGAAUCAAUUCAGUGCCAUUGAAGAAGAGGGGGAGUUUGAUGAGUCCGAAGAGAAGAAAUGGCCCAGGCGUUGUUAUGUACUUCUUUUCAUACUCUGUUUUGCAGCGCUUUUUACUGUGUUUUCUCUCAUCCUGUGGGGCGCCAGUAGAUCCUUCAAGCCAGAAGUUACAGUGAAGAGUAUUACGUUCAAUGAUUUCUACAUUUCUGCGGGCUCAGACGCAACUGGAGUGCCCACCAAGAUGAUUUCCAUAAACUCAACUUUAAGACUCUCCUUCUACAACCCUGCUACUUUCUUUGGAAUGCAUGUGACUUCCACACCAUUGGAUCUGAUGUACUAUCAGCUAGCAGUUGCAUCGGGCCAGGUGAACGAAUUUUAUCAGCCAAAGAAGAGCCGCCGAACGGUAAAUGUGGUGUUGCACGGUAACAAAGUUCCUUUAUAUGGAGGUGGUGCAACUUUGACUAACUCAGAUGCAAAUGGGGACAUUCCACUGGAUUUAGCUUUUUCAAUCAGGGCAAGGGCUUAUGUUUUGGGGAAGCUUGUAAAGCCUAAAUUCCGCAAAUACGUUCAGUGCAACAUCACUCUUGAUUCAACCAAGCUGAUGAAGGUUACAUCACUGGCAAGGUCUUGCCAAUAUGAUAAGUAGAAGAAUAGCACACAAGGAGGGAAGAAUGUUUUGACUUAGUAUUAGUUCUCAGAGUCUGAGAAGCAAUGCAGUAUAUAUUUAUGUGUCUAGUUUUUUUUGUCAGCAUAAAUCAUGUAUUUUCAAGGCUACGGGUCUUGGUUGCCUUAACCUCCCCAUUUUCCUGCAAAUAAUGUAUCUAUGACCACAUUUUCACUAUUUGUACUAAUAUGUGCUUAAUACUCAAUUGAAGGUUAAGCAUAGAUCCGUUAAGGAUUCCGGGGUUACUAGAUAGUGCUAGAGAGUUUUUGAGCAAAAGGGAGAAUAGGCAACAUUCCUUGAACCAUGUGGGAAGGUUGUUAAUGGACACAACAAAUAAAAGCUUGAAGCUUUGUGCAGAAUGAAGAAACAAAUUGCUGUAGACAGACAGAUUGAUUUAAUUUAUUAAUUUUGUUUAUCUUUA